AUGCCGAUGACAGGUAAUGAAUCGGACGCGAAAGUAUCUUUAGCCCUGGGUCUCGAGCCCGUUGCAGGUUGGGGCGGUUUGAGCGGGCGCGGGGCCGCCGACAGCGUGUCGCUCCUGUCGUCGGCUGGCUUCGCCGCGGGCCUCGAGGGCCUGGCGCGUCGCUGCGGAGUCUGCCUGGCCAGCUUCCCCUCGAGCUGGCUGCUCGAGCGCCACGCCGUCCUGCAGCACGCCGGACAGCAGCACGACGACAAGCCGUUCACGUGCGAGCAGUGCGGCCAGCGCUACCGCUACCGCUCGGCCUACGUCAAGCACCGCGAGCAGAACCAUCGGGCGCGCCUACCGGCCGACAAGCUCUUCACCUGCGACGUCUGCGGCAUGCAGUUCAGGUACCUGAAAUCCUUCAAGAAGCACCGCUUGAACCACGCGCUGGAGCGUCUGCAGCGGCCCCUGUCGAGCGAGUCGCAAGGCCCGAGCGAGCGCAGCGACCAGGUCUCGAGCACCGGAGAGCCGUCGUCGCAGCUGGAGGGGGGCGACACCAGUCCCCUGGCGCUGGACCUCGAGGAGCGCGCCGCUAGACCUCGGGACAGUCCCGAGAGGCAGCAGGAGGCCCGGCGGCCAGCCACGCCGACGGCCGGCAGCGACGCCGAGGACGCGGCCAUGGACGAGGAGGUGCGGCUGGCCAACGAGGACGGCGCGACCAGCCUGAACCUGAGCAUGCGCAGCGCCCUCGGCAGCUUGGCGGCGGCCGCGAGCACGACCAACAGCGGCGCGGCCACGACCAACAGCGGUAGCGGCAGCGCCGGUGCCGGCCCCGGGCCCGGCGCCAUCAGCGAGGCCGAGCGCCGGGAGCGUCGCUUCGCCUGUCCCUUCUGCGGCAAGUGCGUCCGCUCCAAGGAGAAUCUCAAGCUGCACGUGCGCAAGCACACGGGCGAGCGGCCCUUCGUCUGUCUGUUCUGCGGCCGGGCCUUCGGGGGCAAGAGCGACCUCACGAGGCACCUGCGCAUACACACCGGCGAGCGACCUUACCACUGCGAGAUGUGCGGCAAGUGCUUCGCCCGGGCCGAUUAUCUCUCCAAGCACCUGACCACUCACAUACACCAGCGCUGAGGUCGACUCGCCAGCGGGCUCGGUUCCCCGGCUUUGCGGGGAUAGCUCGUCCAGGCCCGUCCAUCUCCUUUGCCAUGGAUCGACUUAACCAAUACCGAAGCCUCGGCUGCGACUCGCGACUAAUAUGCGACUAAUAUGCGACUAAUAUGCGACUUAUAUGUGACUAUCCACGUCCCUUUCGGCGCUCAAACCCCUUCUACAGAGAAAUUAGCUCUGUAUAAAUACAAAGCAUGUGAUAUGAAUCAAUCGAACCAAAGAUACAGUAGCUACGCGCAAACGCUAAUUUUAAAUAUUUCUUGAAACAGAAUUUCCAUUUUAAAUAGGUAGUCUUUUGACUGCUUAACGAACAUUUCACAACGAAUUUCGCGCACGCUUACACGCUCGCGACAGCGAUUAUAAAUGCUUCCGGCCAAUGAAAAUGCGUACAGGCUUUUCUUUUAAUACACGCUUUGACCAGCGUACCGAGUCAUCUUCUUUAUCUCAUUAUUCGACGAAUAACGUCUUCGUCAUUAUAGCCAAUUGUAUAAAAAACUUUUGAAUUCGUUAAGAUUUGAAACUGGCCCUUGAAGCAACAAAGCCAAAAUAAAACAAAUUCGAGUUGACGGGAAAAAAGGCAGCAAAUGUGUCCUCGUGGUCUAAAAUUGAAACUCUGAGGAUGAAAAUAAUUCUGCGAUUGUGUGUUAAAAAAAGUGUUGGAAUACGGUACUUGGAAUAUGCUACGACUAACUUAUUUGCCACCUCACGAACGCACACACAUGACAAAUGUCGUCGUUGAGUCUGCAUUAUAAUAACAGCGAGAGACGUUAGGAGGGAAAAGCCUCGGACGCGAGCUUGCAAAAUCACAAGAGGACGGCCGCGCACGUACGAUAUAUAUAUCGAGUUUAACGUCUUUACUUCCGCAGAAGCCUAGAGGAAAUGCGCAGCUCAACUUGCUCAAGUCAGAGAAACUUGCGAGCUUUUGAGCUUUCAACUCUGACGCGUACGAAGCUCUCGGGAGCUCUUUGCUGUAAUCCCGCGCGUUAAACCUUGGCGGCCUUUUGCUCGAGGCUUACGUCAAAGCGGCGACCUGCGCUCCUUACACGCAGAAAUUUUAUCUAUGCUGGUCCUUAACAACCAUCUUUUACAUUUAUUAACGACAACUUUUUUAUCAACACACUUUAUCGUUAUUAUUUUUUAAUUCUUAAGUAUGAAUUAAAAAUUAGCACGUUACCAACGCAUUGAUUGACAGCGGAAACGACUCAAUUUUUCUUACAAAAAGCAAUAACAGAAAACUAAAGAUAAAUUAAAACCAAAUUUUCAAAUAUAUGUAAAUGAACAUUAUGUUGCCAUUUUAUAAAAUAUCGUUUAAUAAAAUAAACGAGAAAAAUUAAUAUCUAUAAUAUACAUAAUAUAUCC